AUGUACGAUCAAAAAAAGAUUGGAGAUAUUAACAAUUAUAUGACGAUCGCUCGUCUUUUGAAAACAGAAAUUUCGGAUCAACAUUGUCCAAAACACAAUUCGAAUAAAGCAUGUCAAGAAGCAACAACAUCGAAUACAACGUGUAUUUGGUGUGAAACAGCCAAUAUGUGCAUCACCAGCAAUGAUAAGGAUCUUCAUGAAUUCAAAGUAAAUGGUUGCAAGAAUAAAAGCUCGACUGUCAACGUUGUUACUGAACCAACAACUCUAGAAACUACUGAAACUGAUCUAAGAACUGAAUUGAAGAAGACUAGUCCAAGUACUGAAUCACAUUUG